CACAAGCCAAUCAGAUCCCUGAAAAGCUUUAUAAAAAGGAAUGCUUCCACAGCAGAACAGCAAAGCAAAGAGAGAAUUAGCAUAACUGCAAACUAUCAAGAAGCACCUACAGCCCACUGAACACUGAACCAAGGGCUGCUGUCAGUGACUGACACUCCAAAUAAGGAAGAGAACAACAACCUCAGAAUUACAAUGAAGUUCCUGCUUUUAUUAAUGGCUGUGUUGCCACACAUCUUCAGUCUGGAAGCUGCUCCAAGACCAACAAGCUCAGAACUGUACAGUUAUGAAUAUGUGGAAGAAGGGUGUGGGUGUUUGAAUGGAGGAUUGUGUUUUAAAGUCAAGUAUCACCAAAGAAAAUGGUGCUGCAAAUGCCCCAGAGGCUACAAAGGAAAAACUUGUGAAUUCGACUCAAGAGCCACUUGCUAUAAUGGCAAUGGAGCAGACUACAGGGGCACAGUGUCUGAGACUGAAUCAGGAAAUGAAUGUCUUGACUGGGACUAUCCACUGCUUGACUUUGGCUAUUACAGUUCUGAGCAGGCAAUGUUGGUUCAAUUAGGACUUGGCGAUCACAACAACUGCAGGAAUCCUGACAGCAGCAAGAAGCCCUGGUGCUAUGUGAAAAAAGGGCACAGAUUUGAAAAGGAAUUCUGUAGCGUUCCAGCUUGUGCACAAGAACUAACUCCCACUUGUGGCCUGAGGGAUGAAAAUCUCUAUAAGAUUGUAGGAGGAGAAAUUUCAACAAUCGAUUCUCACCCCUGGAUAGCAUCCAUCUUCUACAGAUCAAGAAGCAGAGAGAUGUUCCGGUGUGGUGGGAGUCUGAUUAGUGCCUGCUGGGUUCUGACGGCAGCACACUGUUUCCCAGAGGGUCCUGAUACAAAACCUGGUCAAUACUCCGUCUAUUUGGGAAAGGAUGCUCUCAAUGCCACUGACUCUCUUAAAGAACAGAAAUUUGAUGUUGAAAAUAUUAUUCUUCACCAUGAGUUUGAUAAUAGCCAAGGAAGUUUCAACAACGACAUAGCACUGGUGAAACUAAGUGGACAGUGUGCAGUGGAGUCCAGCUCUGUGAAAACUGUCUGCCUUCCCCCAACAAACCAGAUGUUGCCCCAAGGCUCUUAUUGUGAGAUUGCUGGAUAUGGAAAGGAGGCUCAAUCUUUGUGGUACUUUUCCCAAUAUCUGAGAGAAGCGACGGUUCAACUGAUUCCUCAGAAUACCUGCAAAAGCAUGCAGUACUAUGGGUCUGAAGUAACAGACAACAUGUUCUGUGCUGGCCACCCUGAAUGGAAAGUGGAUUCUUGCAAGGGUGAUUCAGGUGGCCCCUUGGUCUGUGAUGUCUACGGAAAGAUGUUUCUGUUUGGAAUCGUCAGCUGGGGAGAAGGCUGUGCCAAGGCUUACAGGCCGGGCGUCUACACACGGGUUACAAACUACAACCAGUGGAUUGCUGCCAACACUGGGAUAGUGGCUUUUAGUGAAGGACUCAUGUACCCUGAGAAAUGAUUCUGACGCCUAGUACUUCUGCAAAAUUUCUGUGUCCAGAAUACUGCCUCAUUACUGGUAUAUUUUUAUAAGGGUGGGCCAGGUGUAUUCCACAUAUUAGGUUUUACUACAAUAUUCCACUCUGUGUGCUACCAAGAAGAUAUUUUUAUGAUUAUAUAGGAUUUAUUCAAACCAGCUAUUUUAGAUUUGUAUGUUUUAUUUAUUUGAUGAACAAUUAUUUUUUUAAAAAAUGAACAUUUUUAUUGAUUAAAAUUUUUUUUUUAAAUGGAUUAGAAAACAUUAGAAAAAGCAAGCUCUGUACAUUGGAUCCAACACAUGUAACAAUUAGUUACAUAUACUGUGACUGGUCUUGCCAUUUCACUAGCUUUACAUUUUAUGAUUAGUGUCAAUGAAAAUGCUCUUAUUUAUUACAGUAAUUUCAAGCUUGUUAUUAAUAAAGAAUUGUUAUUUGGAAAUUAUAAAUUGUAUAUUAAAGAAAAGAUAUAAAUAAUGAUAGAAAUAAAAAUGAAUACCAGUAGCUUUUUAUUCCUGUUACAUUUGUCAUAGUUUCCAAAUGUUUUGUAUAAUAUAUAUUUUUUUUUUUAAAAAGGAAUUGUGAAACAACUACCAGUGAAUUCAUCUUGUUAUUGGGAAUCUAAAUAUAUAUUUUUAAGUUAAGCAAGUUAUUUAUACAGGAGUUAAAUCCUUUAAAAAGCUCAAACAGUGUACAACAAUAAACAAUAUGAUGUCAAAGAAGGUAAUUUUCAUACACAUUGUCUACUGGGCAAUAAUUUAAACAGGGUUUUUUUUCUAAUGUUAUGUAUUUUUGUUAAAAUGAUGAGGGCUGGAACCUCUGUAUUUAUUUAUUUCUGCACCACUGCAUUGUAUGUUUUAUAAUGUCAAAUUGUGUUUUUGUUACUUGCUAUUAUUUCUGAACUCACAAUAAAGACUGUUCAGUAAUUUA